AUGAGCCACAUGCUGAGCAAUGCCAACAUUGAUCCUUGCUAUGCUCUGAGGAAAGAAAAGGUUCACAAGUCUCUGAAUUAUAUUUAUGGCAAAGCUAGAAGCGCAGUUGAUUUGGGGAAGGUGGCAUUUUUUACCAGCAUCAACACACUCAAGUGCAUGAUAUGGGGCAGGACGCGGCAAGAAGAGAAGGAAGCAACUGAUAUUGGGGUUGAGUUUUGGAAGGUGGUGAUAGAAAUUAUGGGGUUGCUUGCAAAGCCGAAAGUUUCAAACUUUUUUCCUGUGCUUGCUAGGUUUGAUAUAUAA